AUGGUUGCCGGCCUCGAAUCCGUGGACUGCGAAACGCGUCCCGCGAUGCUUGAUCUCUCCGAGGGGACCUAUUUCUUUCUUAUGUCCUGUUUGAACAAAGCGUGGCCAACAGGUUUUUCACCGCUGACCCAGCAAACACCCGGCGGGCCAUGUUACGCAUCAAUUAUGUCCCCUCCCGCCUCCAAUGAGCAGCUACCUAUCUCACCUCCCGACAUCGUCAGUGAACCAAACUGUGGCAGCUAUAACAGAUGUAACGACAAGUACGCGGUUCUUUCAGCUGAUAAUGAUGAUGAUGAGACUUUCAGUGUGCUCAGUGAAUACACUCAUCUAGAGGCAGCACAGGCUUUUGGUCCACCCAAGCACCGCAGCGACAUCUUCAUUUUGUUGAACUCUAUCGAGAACGGUCUUGCUGAAUGUCUGUUGCUUUGGUCUUGUCAGACUGCUUUCAAUUUGGAUGAAUUCAAGUUGGUCUUGGAUUAUCUGAUGCGUCCAAGCUCUAAGCAACCACAGAGGGAGGAAGAACAAAAGCCUCCGUCCACAAUAAGUGACCAGCUGUCCGGAACUUUGUCACGUGCACACGCUCAUGUGCUCAUGUCACUUCUAUAUUCUCUGGAUUCUUCUCCAAUCUUCGAGGGUUUUGUAGAUCAGCUUGAUGAGAUCUCCACCAUGGAUGUGACACAUCCGCUCUUCUCGGAUCGACUGUUUGCUUCUGGUAUCACUCAAUGUCUGGACAUACAAAAAGACCGACUGGACAAACAGAGAGCAGACGACUGGUCCGAUCAGCUGGAUACAUUAGGUCUUCUUCGUCUGGCUUGGUCAAUUACGUUACGACGUACGUCACAUUUACGCACGGAGUUAGCACGCCGCGGUCACGACACAUUAACCAGAUCUCCUACAGCUAGUCCUACGAACCCGCCAGAAGACACCGGACGAGCUAGCUUUUCGAACGAUUUCGGUGUUGAGGAAGAUGAAGAAACCCAGGUUUCCUUGGCCUUAGAUUCCGGCGCUCUGGAGUUCAUGCGGAAAAGGCUACUUGCUGUGUCUGGUUUUGAACGAGAGCCACUGUGGGUCUACCGUCUGCACAGUCUCAUUACUGACCUGCUGGUGUAUAUGCCUGCGCGUGUAAAGGAGAUCCGUCUUCGUGAUGAGGACCUACUUCGCCGCACCGGGUUUGACCCAUCCUCCAACGGUUCUGGAUUUGCAAACUUCCUACUACUCAUCGCUGAGUUAUAUGAUCACCCGGGAUCGAAACUACACGCUCGUUUAGCACUGGAAUAUUGGUGGCCAGCCGGCGAACUGGGCACGCCAACUGGCGAAACAUCUUCCAGUGCACGGGAUUUGCUACUCUCUGGGGGACUAAUAUCUCGUUCCCAAUCGAAACUCCACGCCGUUGCUGCCCGAAGAACCGAAUCUGAAGGUGCCAGACAAGCCUCCUUAUUCCGAUUUGUACGGUCGGUCGGUGAUUUCGUAACAACCUCCAGCCUGUUCAUCCCCUACGUACGUAUGCUCCAUGGUAUCGUGGGGUCUCGCAGUUCAGCCAGUUUCUGUUUCACUUUGCUGCGCGCCAAUGCUACGAACCCAGGGAGAGCUGCGUCUCUCACUUCAUGGGACCAUUAUUUUUCAAGCUUUCGUCAAUAUCUGAGUCAUAUGAAACAACCGAGUUUACAGCAAACCAAUGCACUUCAAGCCGGACAUCCACAAGCACAAAUUUAUCCUCACCUCUACGGACCUCCUGGCUCGACGGUCUCGAGUCGCCGCCCAACUGGGUUGGACUCUGUAAUGGAUCAGAUGAGCUCGGCUGCCUCUACGUCCGCUUAUAUUGGUGCGAACGUUUCUCACACCACCACACGUGCCAUUAAACCGGAGGAACAAGUUGCCCUCCAGACUGUUCUCCGUCUGAUUUCCAGAAUAGCCCGUCUAGAUCCGGUGUCUCGUUCGCUUUUCGCUGCAACCGCAAUUUGGCAGGUCGUGCCUACUUGCUUAGGACUUCUGACUUGCCCUGUUCCACUGGUGCUCAAAGCCGAUCUCAUCCAUUUAUUGACGGCCCUGUCGGGAAAUGUAUCUGUAGCCGCCUUGGUUUGGCACCAUGUGACUGCUGCGGAGAUUCAUCCGAUCGCCCAAGAACGUGCAGGAUCUCAUGGACCAGUUAGCUGCUUGCAUACCGAAAUAGACGAAGUUGAGCCACGUGCCGAAGAGUACCCGAUCACGCGUGCGUUCCUGUCUUUGAUAACGGUCUUGGCAUCUCAUAUAUCCGGACCGUUCCCCUCAGUAACGGAGCCCCGAGAUACCUCACAUUCCACACCACAGGAUGAAGGCGCUCGUGAGCAAGGACAAACCUUGGUCAACGUAAUCUCCUUCUUGGUCAAUACGGUCUUCCUCAAACAUGCCAUGCGAGCCUACCGAGAUCCAAACGAACGGUGGGACAUAGCAGGCUCUUGCCUGGUUCUGUUCGACGGAUUGGUAGACCAGUUUCUACGUCGUUUGGAUGUUGCGUCAACAGCUGUUAUCUGCAAUCGAGACUCCCUGCUCGAGAGGGAUCAGUUUUCUUCAGAUCAAAAAGUGGCAGGAAAUUUCCCCAGCCUUGCUCCACCUACUUUGGAAGCCCCUUUUGACUGGGCAUCGACUCUGUUCACAUUGCUUUGGGGUGUGUCUUCUGGCGAGCUGCGGCAUUCGCGUUUCCGAUCUUCUGCUGCUGAUGUGUUGGCUCAACUUCGUCUACCGGCCGGUUGGCCUUAUACUGACCCGGGUUUCGAUCUCACCACUCAGUUACUGUCUGACUCUUCCCUCUUUAGAACUCUCACAGGAUUGCUUCAAGUCGGCUUACACCGCAUACUCGAAUUUCCAAUCCCCGAUGGACCACCUUCUGGUAUGAUUCGGGCCACGGCUGCUGGCCUUCGUCUGAUUCAGCGACUGUUGAUCAACGAAGAAAUGCUUCUCACGUUCGUUCGUCGGGCUGCUGUUGGACCUAGAUACUGUACUCUUUUCGAAGAACUCCCGGAUCACUGUUCGUGCGCCAUUGGGAUAUUGAGCCUUCUGAUCGAGCGGAUUAAACCUCAUUCCAGCCUUGUGUCUCUUCUAACUGCGGACCGGGAUGUUCGUCGUGAUCUGCUGAACACCUUUUCAUCACUUCUACGCUGGUCCACUCAGAAGAGUAACACAGAUGACACCGACACUAAUGGUUGCUUUGCCCUCUCGAAUGGAAUGGACCACUCGGCGGCGUGUUUCACAGACGAGUGGCUCUUUGGUGCUAACGAGAGUCAUAAUCAAACACAAUUAGCUUCUCUUGGUGUUUCUUCUAGCCAGUCGCCACAUCCAUGUCUACGAGCUGCUCGCCUAUACGCCGCCUUGCCGUAUCAACCUCCGAGCUGGUUCUUCUGUUCUCGAGACUGGGAGCUUCUAGCAGCCUGGCCAACCCAGAGACCCUCCGUGCUGGCACCAAUCGUGACCGGUCAUUUAUCACAAUCACUAGACCGCUCUAGCCCACUCAGGAAACAGAGUACUCUCGGUGCAGCCAACUGGCUUUACGAGCAAUUUGUUAGUGACCAGGCCGACUGUUUCACGGUUCGCAUGCUUCACAUCAUACUGGCUGCCAUGGAUCAGCCAGCUCCAAAUUUGUCUCAUUGGCUCCUUGGAUUUCGUAUCGAAAGUACCUCGGCUGUGGCCAAUACUACCUUACAGGAUGCUGGAAUUGGAGAUCAACCUCGAACCUGCCUUCAUGCCAUUCUGGAUCUUCUCGAUGCAGGCCUGCGCCUCGGUCCAACAAUCGCCUGUUUGCCCCAAGCCUUGGCGAUCUCUCUUCAGUGGGCCCUAGCAGUUAGUUGGCAAAUCAUUUACCGGUUGGUGAUCAGUCCUCUCACAUCUGAGGCCCUGUUGCGAUUCCUACGAGGAAACCAUGAUCUACUGGCGAAACACCUAAAAUUCGGUAUCUAUCGUCCACUCUUCAAGACAACUCCGGGAGCUGCUGCAUCCCCUCAACUCUUUGACAGGAGGCUUGUGACUUUCACCCACGAAAAAGCUUUGGAAAUGCUGUCUCUGAACCAUAGCAGUUGGUUUUUGCGCACGCUAGCAAUUGAACUCCGUACAGCGGCGACGGGCAACCAAAGAUCGUAUGUUGGGCGCCUUCUCAGUUUAUUCUUCGGAGAUUUCCUGGUUGAUCCUGUGGACACGGGAGCGGAUCGUUGUCCGGAAAACUCUGCGAUAGUCAGUGCAUUUUUGGGUCGGUUGAAUGUGGCGGAACAUCUCGCUGGACCAGAAUCUUUCGAUUUACGAACUGUGGAUGCCCGGCUAAUUGAUGAGCUACUAAUUGAAUGUGAGAUGGCUUGUCCACUCCUUGCCUCAGAUUCAGUUGCUAUCCGAAAGGUGUCAACCCUUUUGGAUGCUGGCUUGUGCCUCAAUCACCUGUAUCUCAAAUUAUUGGCCAGCCGCACCACUUUGGGACCCGUAUCUGCGGAAGACUUUGCAAACCUGUUUGCUGUCGCAUACGAGGACACUUCAUCCCAUCCGACCACCCAACGGCCAUCCGUGGGAACUCCUUCGUUGAUUGAGUUGGCUCAAGAUCUGCGGAAAUUGUGUCAGUGGAUUGAAGCUCGUAACGUCCAUCGGCUGCACUUGUAUGCUGGCAAACAGACAGCUUUUGAAGCCUGGCGGGAGGUUGUGGAAAUCGGGGCUGGGGUCCUCACCAGAAACAUAUCGCUUUCAGAGAGCGCUGCUUCAUUCACUUCACAGGACGCUCUGUCUGGUUUAACCGAACUCGGCGCGCUAGCAUCUUCAUCGGCAAGCCGUCCCAGACCUCGCCCAUUCUACAUGAUUUGCUUAGACAUGGCCUCGAAGCUUUCGGAAGAGCUCUGUGAAACAGAAAACACACCAUCCACCAUUCGACUCCUAGCAUCUGGAACACUGCUUCACUUGUCCUCAUAUCUAACCUCUGUAGAGGUGAUGAUGCAAUGGAAUGAGGAGUCCUUUCAUCCGGACUACAAUCAAGCGGGCUCGCUUCUGAUUUCGGUCAUUGGACUUUUGACACGAAUGAUACUUCAAUCUAAAUCAUCCGCACAGCGAAUGCGAGCCAAUUUCUACGGUACUUUAGCGCACUUGCUUCGUUUUGGGCAGUUUCUCGGUCAACGCACGUCUGAAAGCCAACCAGAUUCGAACCGUCGCCAAGUUCUCCGGGGAUGUUUGUCCGCAAUUGCUAGCGCAUCUAAGCUGUCAGUUUCCCAUUGGGCAGAGUCGGAAGUUCUCAGGGGUUCAGACACUGCUGCUGGCGUGUCCACUUUCCACUGUCUUCUCACGUGGGAUCUUCUUCGAGGCCACACGGUCACACAAAUGGCGGUAUUGAGUGUGCUGGAAUUGAUUUUGACCAUCGAUCGGUCAUCGAGGGAUUUGUUGAUGUUCCUUUGCAGACAGUCUAUCCUACAGCAACUUGUGGAUAGCAUUCCGGAAGACCUGAAGGCUGUUGAAUCGUUUUUGAGUUCCGUUGCCAUGGCUGAGGAUGAUGAGCUACACGUCAGUGCGGAAAUUGCUGGUGCUGCAACCGCAGCCACUUCUGCAUUUCACAUGUACCGCGCCAAAGUGGCCCUGUUUUCCCGCCUGGCGACAAGUCUCACAGGAGCAAAGGCUUUGCUUCAGUGUGAUGUGAUCAGCAUGCUCACGGCCUGCGCCAUCUACUCUGCUUCAACCUUGGCAAACUCAUACGCAGACGGUCUUGACUCCUUAUACGCCUCGAACUCAGCACUGACCAACGCAGAUGUGGAACGCGGGGACUCCAAAGUUUCUCAAAUUUUGUCGCGCGUUAUGGCAGCUUCGCAGUGCGACAGCACGGACAUUCAUUUUGAUGACUGUUUACUUCACCGGCUGAUUUGUGCAAGAAGUGAUAGUUCGACGGCAGAGAGCACUAUUACUUGGCCCGGAGUUUUACUCCCGGUCGUGGAUUUGUUCAAGACAAUAUUGAUCACCUUGGGUCCUUCGCAUGUUUAUGCCAAUCAGCAAGUUAUCGGCUUUCUAUAUGCCCACUCGGAUGCACUGUUGGUUGAGGAGACAGUUUUGGGCAGUGCUUUGGUCCACUUUUUGGACCGGACAGACUGGAUGAGUGGAAUCACCGGGGCAGGCGGCAGUGUAGGCAUUGUUUGGCUCAUGCAAUGGCUCGCUGCUCAGACAAACUUAGUCGAGCUUUUCGCACUGGUCAGCAGGACUGAAAAAAUCUCAACUGGGAUGGACGAAUACUCCAUAAUUCAGAGUGAAGUGGUUCGAUCUCGGAUUCUGCGCAACUCUGUCAGCCUUCUGCCAACUCUGUUGGCUGAACCACAGCCUUCCGCGAAACCUUUGACCGGUGUCUCCAAUCAGCAUCAUCAUCUCAUCUUUGACCACAUGCUAUGUCGUACCCAGCAACUUAAUCUUAUUCGGCAUCUCGUUUCCGUGUGCGUGGCGAGUCUGGACCGCUCCUCUUUGGAUGCUUCGUUACCUGUUCCGUCAAAAAACAUUCAACCAUUGUUUACACUCCUCCAAACGAGUGACCAAGGUGACCCUAGUUCUGGCCAUGUCCAACUGACGUUUAUUUUACAUCUGGUCUCAUGGGCAUUGAAUCAGUUGGUACGCGUCGAAGAUCUGUGUGUGGGUCUGGCCAACUUGAAUAUAUUUAACAGUUCGGGGAAGUUGGACGAUGCAGGUUCAAAGUCGCUCCAGCUGUCUUCGGAGGAAUCCCCCAUCCGUGUUGGAUGCCCGGUACACGCACGGGUACGUAGCGACGACCUGUCAAUGGACCAGCUUCGUCAGUCGUGCACACUCCUUUUCUCCAGUGUUCCCCGCCUGGUCAGUUCUUCUACGCCUUUUCUCGGACUUGACUCCCAUCACCCAGAGACGGAGUUGCUGCGCAAUUGUAUCGCGGUUGGUGUCAGUUUUCUUCGUUUACAGUUGAAUUCACUUGUUAGUAUCUGCGAACAGGGAAUUUAUGUCUCGUGGCGUUUUCUCAACCACCAUCUCAAUCGCCCGGAUCCUGCUGCGGCCUCAUCACUGACACCUCGAAUACAAUCUGCCACGAAGUUCCCUGGCUCAAAGACGCGACAACCACAAACACGUCGAGUGGAUCAAACCCCUGAGUACGGUCGGCUCGCUUACAAACGUGAACUUCCUGGGGCGCAUGUUUCUGCAGACGAAAGGAGUGAACCUGAGAUAAUCAGAGAAAUGAUACCCUCCCUACUACGUCCUGAACUUCUGGAAUCGCUCUGUCAACUUUCCAAGGAGUCCUCAGGCAAACGUCUCGAACUUCAGAUAAUCUGUCCAACUGAAUUCCCAGAGUCAUAUUCGAUUGAAGAACACUCUAAACGACAUACUACUCAGAUGCUCGCCUUAAUCUCUCGUUACUACCAGUUGCACGGACUACAAAUAUAA